AUGAGUAACAGCUACUACUCCGAUUCGGAUGACCUUGACAUACGAGUCUCGAGGCGUCGGGCACCGUCGCCUUCACAGGUUCACUAUGUUGAAGCGAGAUCGAGACCCAGUAGGAACUAUUACCCGUCAGCAGGUCAACAGCCUAGCUUCUUGGCUCCUGAGCGCACAGUCAUAACCACUCGCACUCGGUCAAGAGAGCGUUCCCGUGAGCGCCAUUCCACUCCACCGGGUCCCGCUCCGGCUUCCAUCUCCGCUCCGGCCCCGGCUCCUGUAAUUAUCAACAACCGUAUUUACAACGAACAUUCUUCCGAUGAUGAGGACGACCGCCACAUGCAGGUCUACCACAGCCGUCACCGUUCUCACUCCCGUGGUCACUCAUCUCAUUCCCGCUCACCUUCAUCCUCUUACAUGACCCGGGAGGAUUAUGAGGCAGAACGGGCUCGACAAGAGCUGGCGGAACUCAGAAUCAGUCAGGCUCGUGAGAAAGAGGAACGCCGGGUUCAAAAGGAGUUCCGGGAGGAAGCUGAGCUCCAACGUGCCAAGCGCGAUCUCGAAGAUAUCCGAACCCGGGAGGCUCGCGCUGCUGAAGAACAGCGCUUCAAGACCAAGAUCGAGCUGGAAAAGUACCAAGAGGACAUGCGGAAGGCAGACUUAUCCAAGAAGCGAGAAAAGGAAGCUGCCGAUGCCGUAGAACGCUACAAGAGAAAGGAGGCAGAUCGACUUACGCAAGAGAAGAAGGAAAAGGAACAGCGUGAAAAGGAAUUUCAGCAAAGGCUCAAGGAAGAGCGUCAAAAGGAGCUGGACAAGCUAGCCAGGGAGAAGAAGGAGAAGGAGGAGCGCGAGAAGGAGUACCAAAGACGUCUCCAGGAGGACCUACGUAAAUCAGGUCUUGACGACAAGGCUAUUGCUGCCAUCCUCAAGAAGGAGAAGAUUCCGGAGCCACCGCGACAAAGACCAGCCCAGCAUGAAAACGCGCUCGUUGCUGGGAAUCGCCCAACCUACACGCGUAUGGCACGGAAGCAUCUUUCGAUUGAAACCUUGCGAACAUAUCAGGUUGAAUGGGAAAUGGAUGUUGUAAUCAUACUCAGAAGGCGACUGACCUCUGUUGCAUCUGCUGACUUAUCUCAGGAUCCUGAUUACGUGCUCAUCAGACGAUGGGUGCCGGAAUGGGAGCAAGAUACCCUUUGGAGACACACCAGGUCGAUUCGUGAGAAGCGCUCAUCCAAGCUCGUACUUGAGAUCGAAGACAAGAAGUCGCACCGCCACGAACCAGAGUUCGAAUGGGUCAGAAAGAAGAGUGACCGGAAGAGAAGCAAGUCACCCGCGCUCCUCAUGUACCUUGCGGGAGCGAAACCGGCAUGA